CACUUACAUUUUCUCUCCUGGAGAAAAAAAAGUGAAUAAAGUAGGGGAACUGGUUAAACCCUGUGUGCCCAAUUAAUCAGAAACAAUUUGGCUGGGGGGAAAUGCUGUUGGCUGAACACCUGAUAGAGGUGCAUGUGGAGAGAGGACAGAGAAAGAAGGUAGCAGCUUCAAAAGAUGGGAGAAAAGCCAUGCUGGGAUUACAGGAGAUGGAGAAGUCCUUAUUUUGAUGUGUAGACUUGCCACUAGAGAGGCAGGAGGCUGCAUGUGCCCACGGGAGACCAAGCACAGUGCAGAUGGCAUGAGCAAAACUAACUGGGAGAAGCAGCUCCUGGAGAUGCCGUAGGGUCUCAAGAGCUGGAGCUAUGCCUCCUUCUCAAAGGCUGGGGCUCGGGAUGGCAUGGGCUAUUUAUUUUUAAUAGGGUUAAUAUUAAUGUUAUCUCCAGCUCCCUGGUGGGAUGAAUCACCAGGGAGUUAUUCCAGUCGAAAAGGAGCAAGACUUGCCCCGCUCCUGCCCUUGCGGUUCAGACCCACUUUCUAAGGCGGGAGUUUGUUUUGUUUAUUUCUCUGGCAAGUCUUAUUUGACACAGGACUCAACCCAAAAGCAGUGCCUUAGAAAGCAGCAGCGUUACGGAUGGACAGACUCCAAAAGGUCUGGAGGUUCAAGACACAUAAUCGUCAAGACAUAUUCUUGUUUAUCUGAAACCCUUGGGAACCUGCAGCAGAUUACGGACCAGUUUGUGAGAGCCAGCGGCUGGGAUUUGCUUUUCCUUCUUGCUUGGGGCCAUGCUGGGAAGGGGGUUUGGAGGAGAGGAGAGGCCUGAUGAGGUGCCCCUGACUUCAGGUGACGUGGGGUGAAAUCCAGCUGAAGUUCACAGAAACUGAGCAGGCAGCGAUUGGUGAGGAGACCACAGGAAAAUCAGGAAUGGCCUGAUUUCAGUCACAGGUGCAAACCCUUUGGCAUCAGUGGGAAGGGACAGCCCUUGCUCUUUUGUGCUGCUGGGCAAAAGAGCUUGAUUCUCCAAUCUGCCUGAUGGAGAUGACCCAAUCUGUAUGAUGGAGGUGACCUUUGCUCUGCAGACGUGGCUAUCAGGCAUACACCAUGCUAAUGUUUCAACAACACAUUAAGGUGUAAACAGCUGGGUAGCCCAAAGCACAAAAAAACCCCGAAAAUGGGAUGUCAGCCAAAUGCUUUACGGGCUUUGAAACUAUAUUUGCUGUCAGAUACCCUUUAAGGAAAGGGCACAGAUGAUAAGGACAGUGCUGAUCUUUCCCAGUGCAGUUGGUGUCCUCUAAGGCUGUGGUUUUAAUGAAUAAAAGUCCUGAGCAGCAGAAUCAGUGCAUGCCCUUCCCUCCUGCUUUGGCAUUUGUUUCUGUCCAGGCUUUCUUCACAGUUCAUCUGGCACAGCUGCUUGGGCACUCGGUAGAACAGCUUGAGGAACAGAGCUGGAGUUUUAAAAAGCACAACGAACAAAACCCCUGCUAUUUUUACCCCUGCAAAUCCAAACUUCCUGAAGAACACUCAACAUCCAGGUGUAGAAAAAUGUGAGGCUGCAAUCAUCCAGGACACUCACUGCUCUUCAUUACAGGCAUGAUGUUUGUAUUUAAUCUCCAAAUUGAAUCAAAAUAUCCUAUUUUUUUUAAAAAAAGAGCAGUAUUUUUCUUUAUCUGAAGACCUCGGAUAUUUGAGGUUUUCCUUGUGAAAGUGUCUGUGAGUUGCAAUGGCUAUUGCACGCUGCUGACUAGGCAAACUCUAAACUCAGAGCAUCCAAAGGGCAUUUAAACCUCUGGGCACCACCAGCCAUCCCCAGCUUCAGCAUGAGUUUCCUGCUUUUACCCCAAGGGGAUUGCAGAUGGAGGGCUUGUCCCAAGGGAGCAUGCCAAAGGGAUCAAGUGUAAACCAGCACUGCAGUCAGCUCCAACCAAGGGAAGCUCAAGAAACUACGUGCUUAGGGGCAGUUGAUCAAAGCUUGUCUGAUGAGAGCCCAGUCAAGGGGAACUCACCCAGGGCUGGGAUAAUCUCGCUGGCUGACUCUUCUCCUGAGACCUAAGUGUGGCUUUUUCUAUCCAUUGCACCUAAUCGAGCCCUCUCCUGCCCACACGCAUACUGCCGCCUCCUAGUAACAUCUAUGCCUCUCAUUUCAGGGAGCAUUGCAAAGCAAACGAGAUGCUGAGAGCCCAGCUCUUUGGCGUAUUAUUUUAGCCAUGGGAAAAAUGCAUUGCAACAGUUCAGGCUUGUGCGGUUGGGAGAAAGCAACAGAGAAGUCUGUGUAAAGGUGGGGUUUCUAGAAGCAGGACUUAAUUAGCCAAAGGAAGUGAGGAAACCAACAAUUAGAUAGCUGCUCCAGCCCUAGAGGGCAGCACAAAAUAAUAAAUAAAACGUUGAACUCGGGCAACGUGAAAUCAUCUAAAGCGCCACUUUUGCAGUGGGAAUUUUUCCUAGCAGGUCCGAUAGAUUCAGCACUAUGCACUUACUGCUAAAAAUGCAGCAGCCCAUCCGGGUUUUCGGACUCCUCUGCCUUUACCAAGGCCCCUAAUUCCUGCUUUGUGCCAUGAAAACCCUUUAAGUCAGGUGCCUUGUAGUGGCACUGGACCCCCAUCCUGCCAGCACACUGAUUAGUAGGACCACAGCAGAGAGAAAGAGUUAUUUCUUCCAGGACAGGUUUCCAGAUUCUGGGUUUUCUCAGCUGUGAAUUUUAAACUUUUAAUCCUCAAGCCACGUUUUCCUAAAGAUGCAGAGAGUGAUUUAGGUGCAGGGAUAGGAGGCUGCAACCCUCCAGGAAUGUAACUCACAGACACAAAACCCUAAAGUAAACGCUCCGCCUUGCACCGCGCAGGCAGCUAAACAAUGGCAUCAGCAACGAUAAGUCACUUACUCCCCUGAGCAAACUCGUGGCCCGAUCCUGAUGGUUUCUCUGGCAAAACUCCCCCUGUUUCUCAACGCCUGCCCCAAGCAAGGGCUCCAGGAUGUCACACAGUAGCUGACUCCGUCCAGAGCACAGCGGUGGCUAGGACCCAGCAAGAGCCUGGAGAGGAGUCCGGAGGAAGACAAGGAACAUAAUUUAAAGCAGACACUGUCCCAAAUAAGGUUAUUUCCCUGAAAAUGCCUUUGUUCUAAAGUUACGAGUGAGCCUCUUGGCAUCCUGAAUGGGUGAAAGUGAAGCUGAAGAACAAUUUCAUCGGUACCAGGACUGAACCGGUUUUGAAGAGCUGGAUAUGCUUUUUAAAGACAUGAUAAGCAGUGUUUGGGGAUGCGAGAAACCCUUGAAACAAGCAGAACCAUGAAACUGUACGUCAUCUUCUUCCUGGCAGUGGUGAACAGAGGGACCGCUAACCAUCAGCCCACAAAGGGGAUGUCCUGUGAAAUGGUCAACUUGCAGGCAUUUUGCCACAACAAAGACCUCCACCAGAUCCCUCAUGAGCUCCAUCCGAACAUAAACAAAAUAGAUCUGUCUGGAAAUCUGAUUCAAAGCAUCCCUGAAAUGCCGUCAUCAUUUUACACUUCCCUCCAGUGCCUGGAUUUAAGCUCUAACCAGAUAAGUUUCAUCAUGCCUGGAGUCUUUGCACACAUGACAAGUUUGCUGGAAAUAAAUUUAGCCUACAAUCACUUAUAUGAACUUGCUCAGAAUGGGACAGAGGGGAUUGGACUUCUACCCAAGGUGGAAAUACUGGACUUGUCCCACAACAGUCUGUACAAUGGGAUGGCUGAGUAUUUCAUUAAACAAGCUCCAGCACUGCGGUAUCUUUCCUUGGCAGACAACAGUAUUAUAAUGAUAUCACACAAGAUGUUUCAGGGAUCUCCCAACCUUGUGGAGAUAGAUCUUCAGAGUAAUAUCAUAAUGGAAAUAGAAGAAGGUGCUUUUGAGACUCUAGUGAACCUUUCCAAACUCAAUCUCUCCAUGAAUUCCAUUACUUGCAUCUCUGAUUUCAACCUCAGGCAGCUGGAGAUACUUGACCUUAGCAGGAAUAGCAUUGAGACCUUCCACACCACAAAGUCAGAUGAUGAAUAUAGCUUAAGAUGUUUGGAUCUGAGUGAAAACAAACUGUUUCAGUUCCCAGUCUUCCCCCAGGUAAACAAGUUGGUAACUCUGAAUUUAUCAAAGAAUUUAAUCCAGUUUACUGCUGAAUCCUCUCAUAAUCAAAUGGACUAUAUGGAAAAUGAAUGGCUAGAUGCUUCUUUUCAUCUUCUUGAUCAGAAGCAAAGCAGAAACAAAAGUUCUCUUUAUUUAUCCCACCUUGUAUAUUUAGACUUAAGUUAUAAUGAAAUCAAAUCCAUUCCGGAUGAGUUCUUUGAAUCAAUGUUGUCCCUUCACACCCUUAAUCUCAGUAAAAACUGUCUUCAGGCGUUUUCAGUAACUUAUGACAGUGCAUUGACCUCCCUAACUGUCCUUGACUUGAGCUAUAAUGCUUUGCAGAACCUUCUCCUAGAUGCUGGCACUUUGUCAAAUUUGAAGGAGCUCUAUAUUCAAAGCAACCAUCUUCAGACCCUGCAAUUUAAUAUCUUCUCAAGUCUUCCUAGCCUCAGACUGCUUAAUCUACAGAGCAAUAAUAUCAGCCUUUGCAGCAUGUACUCAGGAUUAGCUAAGCAAAGACUUGCUGGAGAGCAAAGCGGUUGUGUAUCAUUUGUUGAUUCUCCCAGUCUUCAGUACUUGUACCUAGCUGACAACAUGCUGAACAUCCUACCAGCGUACACCUUCUACAAGACUUCUCUGGUUGUCUUGGACCUCUCCAUAAACCCCGGACUGAAAAUAGAAGUUAAAGCAUUAUCAGGACUGGAAAAGUCUCUGGAAUAUUUGUACUUACAUGGCAAUAGCCUGACAGAUUUAAAUAUUGACUUGCCUUGUUUUAGUCACCUUAAACAUUUAAACCUCUCUGAAAAUCAGCUGAACUGGCUGCCAAAGUGGGGUAGUGACUCUCCACUGGAAGUUCUGGACCUACGGAACAAUAGGUUUAGUACAUUACAGAACAGCAAUAUUUUAGCAUUAGAAAACUCACUUAAAAACUUGUAUCUCACUGGGAAUCCACUCAGCUGCUGUGGAAACAUCUGGCUUUCAUCAAUGAUCCAGAACAAAAAUGUCCAGAUCCCCAAUGUGGAGCACUUAACGUGCCAGCACACUCAGAACUUCAGGUACCAGGAAGAGAUGCACAUUGGGAACAUUAGACCAGAAGACUGUGAAAAAGAGGAUCUGAAGAAAAUCAAUUUCCUUAUUAUAUUAACAUUUGUGUUGGUUUUAUCUGUGAUCAUCAUUGGCGUGGGUUCAUUCUUUUGCUUCCGCAGGCAAAACUUUAGCCAUCAGUUUAAAGCAUAGGAACACAAAAUGCCUUGAAAACCGAAGAAAUCAGGUGCUACACUGCCAGUGUGUAGAAUGAAGGGUAAAAUUCUCAUCUUUGAUUUUUAACUGUGGACGUUAAGGCAGUUUCAAAGUGCCCCUGAACUGCACCAGUAUGCUGCUCUGGGUUGCAGGGACUGGAAGGAGAAUUUGCCAUGUUUUGCACUUGCUUCAUUCACAAGCAGAUCUGCUGAAAACAUUUAUACCAUGGUAGAAGAGGCCACUGUAAAGUCCUGCUGUUGUUUCAAAGGAUGUGUGAUUUAAACCAGAUCAAAAGAAAACAGCCUCUAAGGUCUUGAGACCUUUCACUAAGCUCAAAGAUAUUUUGUGAUGUCACCUUCACAGAAAGACUUUAUGAAAACUGAGCAUUGCAACUGAUUCACCUUUUUAUGACAGUCAUUGAUGACAUCAACUUAGUAGGAAAGCCCUUCUCAAAGUUAUGUACCCCGAUGAGAUAUUUCGAUUUGGUCUGAGCUUUGCUUUUUCCUAACUGGUUAGCUCCUAACCCUUCUUAAACUGAAAUCAUACAAAACUAUGCCAGGGCAGGCCAAAAUACAAUCUUUCACUCCUUGAAGUUGGUUGCAAAUCUCCCAUGAGUUCCAAAACAAUGAGGAUUUAGCUAAAAAAGAAAAUUACAGUUUGUGUCUCAAUGCUGCCUUUUAGAAAAUCCACGGCUGACGAUAGGAACCAAAUGGGUUCCUUGGUGGUAGGAACCUCUUUGGAUACCUCCCUUUGCUCGCAGUGUGUUGCUCCAGCCACGGUGGCAAGACAUGAGAGGUAGAUGAGGUCAACUAGUCUUGGCACUUAGUACCCACGAGGGAUGUAAGAGAAAUCUCAGGCAUGAAACAGCUGCACUAUACCUUACCCAGAUCUGCUCAGAAGGUUACAGGUCCACAGUUCAACUCAAAGAGGAGAAAUUUGCCCCUCACGUGCAAUACAUAUUUAACUGGGUUUAAUGUGAAGAAAUUCAUCUCUGGGGUGAAUGAUUUUUAAAAGAAAAAUCUUGGAGAAUGAAUUUCAGCCAGCUAACAUUGGACUGAAAUGUUUGUAUUUCUAAGGAAAACUGUUGGGAGUUCACUGCAUACAGUUACGUUUCAAUGCAAAAGAACAAUAUAUCUAUUUUUAAAGGUCACAGGAGGUUAGACAGCAAAAAGGUUUUUUAAGGAUAGUGGUGCAAAACACUACACAGGGAACCUAGUCCUGGGCCAUUAUUGAGAUCAGAUGUCCACUAUCUUUCCUUAAAAAGAUUUUAUGGUCUAGAGGAUUGGCUGCAAAAAAAGUUAUGUAGGACCUCAUUCUGUGAUGGGUUCAACAUGUCCACGCUGCUGCGCUGCUAAAAGCUGACACUGACAUAUGUCCCGUACUUUGACAUGGCAAAGUCACCCUUUUGAAAAAAAGCUCACCAAAAGUGGGAGCCUGACCUACUAACAGGGUUCAACGGCUUCGAAAGGAGCUAUAUCAGGUGUUCUGUUAAAGCCAGGAACUGUACGUUAAGGCACAUAAGGCAAAUAGAGGUCAGACCAAAACCUGUCCGGGUAAAUAACUCAGAGACAAAUUGCUGCUUCAUUUCUGUUUAUUCCAGCUAGUGAAUGUCCAAAUUAACACACUACAAAAAGGUGUAUAAUUCUAUUUUUAAAGCAGUUAUGUAAGGAACUGGCUGGUAGUUUUCAUCGUGGAAUUUUGUACAAUAAAACCACCUUUGACUUUUAUAAAAAGCACAGGGUUGUGAAUAUAUUAAAGCACCAGCUUGGAAUGCUCCACAGAUGAAAAGCUAUGUCUUCCUAUUUUUCUACGGUGUGCAGAUCUCACUUUAGACCUUUAGCCUCUGGUCCUGAAGAAGGGACGCCUGCUCCAUAUCUUAGACUACAACCAAUGGAGAACAAGGAGAUCUACUCAAGGCGUAGGCAAGCAAUUGCACAAACCGUCAGCAGCAAUAGGGUCUGAUCUAAUGCCUCCAAGAGCCAACAAAACUCGUUGGGUCUAGCCCUUAUUCUUGUACGCGAAAGGAUGCACAAGCAGAAAUCCCAGGGAUUAGCUGGAAGCCUGAUGCUGAAGUUUGUCGGCUUUUCCUUUAGUGUGAAAGCAAGCUGAGCUGUACACCCAGACACAGGCUAAUUUAGCCACACACCGAGUUCAUGCCUUUUGUGUCAAGCAUGGCAAGAUUAUAUCUUCUUCUGAGAGCCAAUAUUAGCUUGGCUGCCAUGCCUGGAAUUAGUUAAUAACCUGAUGACAGAGCCAAACCUAUUUAAUUAACAGUAUUAAUACUGCUUUUGUUUGGCUCUACAAAAAGGAAGUGCUUGUUAUUACUAAACAUCUGGGACUAAUUAGACUUCCAUUAACUUCCCUGGGAGCAGAAACAGCUUUCUCGAGGAAUAAGCCUCAGGAGUAAAACACAGCAUGGCUCAUUUAGAUUUCUCCGUUAGCAGCAUAAGCAACCAAGAAGUGACACGAGCCCUCUCCAGCCAACUAUUAUUCUGGAUAGGAUGAGGAGCAUGAGGGAAAGAAAACAGCGAAGAGAGGGAAAACAGGGAGAAAUGGGAGCUUGCUAUGAUAUUAUUCCUCAAAAUAGAGGUAUGCAGAUGACAGCCCCAACUCUUGCCUCCCCUGUCUGCUGGUGUGCCUAGAAGCAGCCCCAACACCAAAGUACGUGAUCCUGCAUCAAACAUAGCUGUUAAUCAACAUCACACAUCCUUCUGUCAGUUCGCCCCAUUGUCCUAAUAGGCUGGCAUGAUUCAGGCUGUUUUGACUGUAAUUUUGCAACCAAAAUUUAUACCCUCAUUCCUUGCUUUUUCAUAAAGUCCUUGCAACAGCCUCUGUUGAUGCAAAGAAAGCUCAUGCUGCUAAGCAAGGAGUAUCAUUCUAGGAUUCUGGGAUACAUAGCAGAACAUGUGGGACUUAUGCAGCCUAUGCAAACUUUUUUUAAAAAAAAUUGUUGCAUGCAACAAGUGGCUUCCUUUGCAACUGUUUGCAUGGGACAGGACAAUAGGUCUCCCUCAAAUAUUUCCUACCACAGCUUGCUGCGGUUUGUUCCCCAAAACAAUCUUCUGCAGUGGAAUCAAAUAGAUAUAAGUACUGGAAGCACUAGAAACACUCCCAGAGAGAGUCCCUAAAGGUUCAGCAAGUCAUGACUCAUGUUGGCCAUCCACGGAAAGCCAAGCCUCAGUUUUCAAAGGCGUUGGCUCUUCCUGCAAAGCCAAGACAACACAAUACCCUAGCAGAGUACCAGAGCCUCUGGUUGCAGACCUCUCUGCAGGGACUCUGCUCAGCCCUGAACUAGCCAGGGUGGAUUAGUAUAAAACACAGUAAGUGCCUCCUAGGAGUAAGUGCCUCUGAAACGGAGCCCAGAACAUUUGCUUUCCUAUUCCUAACCAUUCCCCAUGCCAUUCAGUACCCUCUUAAUUGCCUGGGAAGAAACAAACCAAAACCACAACCUGAAUUUCCUGUAUCCCCACAGAAGAGAAAAACAUGUCUUACCAUGCAAGGCAAGGUAUCCUCUGGCCAUAUCUAUUAUUUUCCAUAAACAACUGCCUAUUCUGUUUGUGCACACAUGUGCAAUGCACAGACGCACGCAGCCUAGUAUAAGAAACACAUCACUUCGGGAUUAGCUUUGUUUAACCUAAAUUAGAACAGCCUGUACUAAAUGAUCUUCUAUAAUAACAAACAGCCUGUGGUGCUGGUGCCUGUGGAUUCCUAUUUCAUGCAUGUCCUUGUGCAGAAAUUUGGUCAAGAUUUUCAAAAGUGAUCAGUGAUUCAUUUCAGAUGCCUAGAUUUGCAGCCUGCAUCUCACCAAUCCUGAAACGUCUGAUUUUCUAGAAAACUGAGUCCAUCUCCUCUCACAACUAAGGCUCUGUAGUAUGUCUUAUACAAGCCCCAGAAAAAAGUGAUAUUGUCCAGAUGUAUAUAUAAUUCUUUCACUUACUCCUUUCUAAUGAUAGUUGCCUGCUCUGUUAGAGCUGUGUUGAGCAUCUGGAGAGCUGAAAUACAGCAAAGCUACCCACCAACACGUCCUCUGCCCUAUAGUCUGCUCUCAGAUAGACCAAGUUAGAUAUCUCCUCCCUCACAGAGCCAUCAUUCACCUUCUGUUGCAGCUUAAUUUGAGUGAAAGAGGAAAAUUAUCUAUAAGGAAAGAACAAAAAUUAAGUCCAGAGUCUGCAGCUUUCCAGCAACGCUGCAACUAUGCAGCCAGAGCAGAUUUUGGUUCAUGGAUUGAUGAAGGUCCAAACAGAUUUUUCCAAGAAAAAAGAGGGAAGGGGGAUGAGAAGAGUUGAGAGCCAUCAGAGAGCUCAGGGUGAGCAAUGGGAAAAGGAGAAAACAAAGUUUUAGUGUAAUUCCCUCCAAACAGUGGAGAGCUGAAAAUUCUCCAGAGGAACAGGUGGUAAUAGGUACCUACCCACCUCUCCCCAGGCCAGGAGGUCAGAGGAGAUCUGUGGAGCUUCAGCCCAUUUCUUGUAGUGGAAAAGUGAGGAGAGAGCCUAGGAAACAGAUUACAGAGGAGCAGAAAUCAAAGCUGAUAGAAGUGAAAAAGGGAAGGGAAAUGGGGAAGAGAAGAGGGGUUUAGUAAAAUUCAGCUCUUUAUGAGGUGUGACUGAGAAGUGUAACUGUAAACUGAAGAGCAUCCGAGAGAGAGGGAUGGGAAAAGCUUUGCAAAGAGGCAGUGAGAGCUGAGCUGUGCAGAGCAGAGGGAGACACAGGUAUCUUGGCUAGGCAACAUGCUAGCUGCCUGUGAAUAUGUGACACGUGAGCAGAGGUGGACAUCAGCACAUGAGGGUUGACAAACAGAAAUAUAUAGUAACCAGGGAAACAGGGUGAAAACUAAAUGGGAGGGAAAAGAGACUGAAUAAGCACAGAAGAACUUUCCAAGGAGGGCCCGUCGGUCUGUGCAACAUUCUUUCACAAGCAAAGACAUUUGGAGGCUGAUGCAACAUGACACUAAACAAAAUUUUGGCAAAUAUAAGGGAACAGUCCUGCAACUCUGGGAGAGUCACUUUUCUCCCAAGCUAUUGAUCAUUGCUCUUCUGUCUUAUUGCAGAGCCAAGUUAGUUCCACAGAUUUCCUCCUCCUGCCCAUUUCUAGAAGUCAUUGCAUCAAAGACACAUAUUUUCCAGUUCAUAAGCAGUAUUCUUCAUGAAGAAACAUUCUGGAAGGUGACAACAGAAGAGAUUCCUCUCUACAGUUUCUGACUUCCCCAGAAAAUGGAGUGGAGAGGGGACUCCACAGCGCCAGAGACCAGGCCAGAGGAGGAGAGAAACCCAUUUUCAGGCAGGAAAAUUUCCUUCACCAAGGAGAAGGUUUGGGACAGGCAGCUGGGCAGGAAGCGUGGUGUGGGGAGAACAGAAGGGGAAUAAGCACAGCUAAACCAGGAAUUUGGAAGACAAAUAUGGAAGGAAUGGUGAGGAUUAAAGCAGGAGCAGAAGCAGAGAGUGCAGCAAUACAGGGCAGAAAUAAAGGAAAGGAAGGGUGCACACCACUUUAAGCAACAUUUCUGUACUUAAGCUGAUGGGACAGAACCUUUGCCGUAUUUGUGGAUGACUCCAGAUGGAGCAGUGGUUGAUACGUUGGAGGCAGAGCUGCUAUUCAGAGGUACCUUCUACGUCAGAGCAAUGGUCUGACAGAAACUUCAUGACGAUCAGCAAAGACCUGCAUCUUGGACAGAACAAGCUCAUGCAACACUCCAGGUGAGGGACGAGAUGACUGCAAAGCAGCUUUGCAGAAGAGGACCUGAGGGUCUGGGUCGACAACAAGUUGUCCAUGAAUCACCAUCAUGCCCUAGUGACAAUGAAAUCCAGCUGCAUAUUGAGAUGUAUUUGCAAAAGCUUAGAAAGUCAAGAGGCACUGUUAUUCCCCUCUCUUUGGCAGAUCUAACACCACACACAUCUGGUUGCUGUGUCCAGCUGUGGGCCUCCCAGUGCAAGGGAGAUACUGACAAACUGGAGUGAGUCCAGCAGAGGCCACCAAGAUGGUCAGGGGGCUGGGGCAUAUGAUAAUUGAGAAAGGGAUGGAGGGAACUAGGCUUGUUCAGCCUGGAGAAGAGAAAGUUUUGCAGGGAAAAUCUUUUGUCAAUACUGAAAGGGCAGUUACAAAGAAGACAGCAUUAGCCCUCCCAGGAGUAUUGAGUUAAAGGACAAGAUGCAACUGCUGAGAGUUGCAACCUGGAAAGUUCAGAUUGAACGUAAGGAAAAAAUUCUUCAUAAUGAGAAAGGUCAAACUCUGGAAAAUCCUCAGAGAUUUUCAAAACUUUUUAGGGCAAGGCCCUGAGCAACCACUUUCUGACAUUGAAGUUGUCCUUUGUUUGAUCAGGGAGCUGGAAUGGAGCUCUCCAAAGGCCCCUUCCAACCUGAAUUACUCUCUGAACCUUCGCCAGAGAAGAAUGGGUCACAUACUUUGGUGAGGAAUAGAGUAGCAGAGAAACUUCUGAGCAACAGAGUCUGUUAGUGGUAUCUAGUCCCUGCACUGAAGCUGCGGAAGGGAUUUGGCAGUAGAAGUGUCCAGAGAGAUGGCAAAAGGUGUUGAUGAUGUCCUAUGUGGGCAGAGUUAGUCAAAUCGUGGAAGUCUGAGUUCACAUAAUAUUUUGGGUUGGCGGAUUUUUUUCAUUUUUAUAGCUCAAAAUAAAAAUUACUUUUUCCAAAAUUUUCUGUGAAAAUCCUGAAAAACGUGAAGUUGGGAAACAUUUGCUUUGUAAGGCCAGAGCUUCAGUUUGAAUUAGGUAUUCCCGCUGCAGUAAACACAUUCUCAAAAAAAAAUUUAUUGCAACAUCCAGUUUGCUUUUACUAUCUUUGUUCAAGAGAAGAUGAAGAAAUGUUUGAUUCGGCUAAUGCUAAAUAACGUGGUCCCCAAUUAUCACUAAAACAAAACAAAGCAAGACAAAAGAAAAUAAAAACAAAAUGUUAGGCUGCUGAAACUAUACAAGUCUUUUCAUGUCUU